AGCAGGCACGUGAUCAUGCCCGAGCCGCGCUUCCGCGCUCCUGCGCCCCCGCGCUCCCGCGCGCGGAGCGGGAUCCAGUCCUCGUCGUCGCUCGGCGAGCGCCUGGGCCGAGCCCCCAGCGCGAGCGCGGCAUGGCGUGGGCCGAGGAGGAGGAGGGCGUGCCGCUCGCAUGGGGCCCCGACAGCGGAGCUGCGCUGCCCCGCCUGCGCGGCGAGAUGCAGAAGCUCUGCCUCCUGCGCCGCGCGCCAGGCGGGCGGCCGUUGCCGCCGCCGCCAGGCGCCGCGACGGAGCGGGGCGCAGAGGAGGCUCUCGGGCCCGGGCGGAGGGGCCCCGCGCGCUCGGACCUUGGCGCGGCGGGCGCGCUCGCAGACGGCGGAGGGGUGCAGGGCCCGCCGCGGCGCGUGCCCGAGGCGAACUCGCGCGAAGCCGCGGCGCUGGAGCGCCUGUGCAGCCUCACCGGGGGCCACCCAGCGGACUGGCCGCGGCUGGCCGCCGACACCCCGCGCGUCCAUUCCGUGCUCGUGGGCGCCACGGUGGGCCAUGGCGGGGAUACGGCGGUGGAGGACGGUCACGCCAAUGCCGCCGCCGAGAGCAGCGCCGACGGCCCGCUGGCGAGCCUGGCGGUGGCAGAAGCGCUGCUGGCGCGUUGGGCGCCCGAGGUCCGGGCUGCCGCGGCGCAGCGGAGGGAGCUGGCGGAGGAGCGGGAGCGCUCCGAGGAGCUCCUUCAGGUGGUAGAGCCGCUCUGGGAGACGGCUGGGGAGCUCUGGAGCGCGCUGCGGGCGCAGACCGAGGAGCUGCAGGGCUUCGUGGCGGGGGCGCGGGCGGCCGUCGCGAGCGCCACGCCCGGCGAGUGGGAGCGGCACGCCGCCGAUUCCGCCGGGAUCACCGUCCGGAUGCUGGGGCGGGCGGUGAGCCGGCGUGCGCGGGAGCGGGCCCGUCUGGAGGACGAGGUGCGGCGCGGGCUGCAGGCCGAGGUGGCCGAGUCCCUGGCCGAGGAGCGUGCGCGGCAGCGGCGCAGCCUGCGGCAGCAGAGCCUGCGGGAGGUGGGGCAGCGGCACGAGCUCCAGCGCCGCCUGCGGGAGGCGGAGGAGAGCCUGCGGUCCCGGGCGCGCAUGGCGGACAUGUCCCCCGCGCAGUUGGAGGCCGCCAUUCUGCAGGCGAGGGCGGAGCUCGAGGCCGCCCGCCGGAAGGAGCGGGAGUGCAGGGCGCGGAUCGACGCCGCUCUGCGGCGGUGUCCCGGCAUCUCCACGCAGGCCAAGCACGAUGGGGGCAGGGCCCUGGUCGUCGGCAAGGAGGGCCUGCUGGACGCGAGCGUCUGCGACGGACAUGUCGACCUGGUGAGGAGCCUUUGGCGGGCGAAGGAGGGUGGCAUCCUGCGGGAGCUCUGCCAGAACCUCAGGCAGCCCUCGAGCGAAGGCCGUGGGCUGGCGGCGGAGCUCACGGCCAGCCGCUUGGCAGACGUCUGCUGCGGUCUGCGCGACAGGCUCGGGGCGAGAGAGACGCUCCGUCCAGACGUGAAGCAGCACUGUAUCGCGAUAGCUUGCUGGGUGCUGUAUGCCAUGCCCGACGUUGACAUCGAUCGGCUGCUCGGGUUCGACUGCCCAGAGCUCCCAGAAGGCAGCGAGCUGCCGAGCAAGCGCGACGAGCUCUACAGACCUUACCGCGGGAGGUACAACAGGCAAAGGAACCCGCACAUGUUCGAGAGCGCGAACUGGGGGGCCAGGGACUCUGUUGCCCAGCUGGCCUCGCAGUGGGGCCAGCACAAGGAGCGGCAAGCCCUUACAGAGGUGGACAAGUGGGUGAAGUGGUUGUGCAUCCUAGGGGCUUCCGUAACGACUCUGGAUGCGCCUAUGAGGGUCUUUCGCGUACUCACCAACCUGCCAGACCCGCUCUUAGACCAACUGGCCAGAAAGAUAAGGGGAGAUAGACUCUAUUGGGCUGCUCCCUCGAGCGUUACCGACGACGAGAGCAUCGCGCAGAGCUGCUGCAACAGGACAGGCCACAUCCACACGAACGUGAUGUUCAUCGUUACUGGUGUUUCUGAGGCCAUCCCUAUCGAAAUCAGCAAGUAUCCUGACGAGCGCGAGUUGGUCCUCCCGCCAUUCUCCGUACUCGAGGUGUCCAGUGUGGAUGAUUAUCGCCCAUCGCAGCCCCUAGUUAUUGAGUGCACGUUUCAGGGCUGUCAGAUGUCUGCCGAGUUCCGCAAGGAGUGCAUCUGCGAUCUCGCCGAGGCUUCCAGGCAGCUCGAUGAUGAGCAACAGAAGGAGCAGCGGCGGCGGGCUGAGCUCGAGUCGCAUGCCGCGGAGCUCGAUACGAGGAAGCACAAUGAGGAGGCGCAGGCUCGAGAGGAGCUCGAGGCGCGGCUCUCGGAUAUCUACGCCGAGGAAGCCACCCAGGCCCAGAACGAGCUCGGCGAGAGCCGCGCGCGGCUGCGGAGGUCGGAGGUGGAGGUGAGCUGCCAGGCCCGCGAGCUCGAGUCCUUGCGCCGCAAAUCGCAGGCGAGCCCACGGCAUGCCAGCUCCCGACACGCCAGCGCGGUACGCGCGCGCGUCGGCGCAGUCGGCUCGAGCGGCUCGCGGGAGGUGGUCCCAGCAGUGAGGCUGCUCUUGGCCGGCGUGCAGCUGGAGAAGCUGUGCUCGAAGACCGGCAAGUGGCAGCCCCGCUGGGCUCAGCUGAGCGCGGGCGCUGCCCCCCGACUGCUGUGGUCGAAGGACACCAAGGGGUGUUCUCUCGGGCGUGGCGCGCGAAGCGUGCAGCUCAAGCACGUGCUGCACGUUGACGUGGGCGGCGAGAGGCUGCCCGAGGAGCUUCAGCCGUUCAGCCGGCCCUGGGACGUCUUCUCCGUCUGGACGGUGCACCGGCCCUUCUUCUUCAGGUCCGCGGACGACAGCACCGCGGAGGCGUGCGUGGUGUGCCUGUCGCACCUCUCGCCGCACGCGAGGUCCGUCCCCUGCCGCGAGCUGCGGCUGCACCGCGCCCGCUGCAAGCUGGGGCGGACCCCCCGGGCCCGCGCCCGGACGCUGCUGCAGGCGGCGCGGAGGUCGUCCCGGCAGAGCGUGCGGCUGGACACUCCGCUCGCUGCGGCCGGCCCCAGCGCGGCGGGCGGCCGCCCCGUGGAGCGCCCCGCUUCGGCAGGGGCGCAGGGGGAGGCGGCCUCCGGCUCGUCCGAGUCGGGCUCUGAGACCGCCUCGCCCGCCUCCCCGUCUCGCCCGCGCCCGCUCCUCCCCGGCAAGGCGUCGGAAAAGCCCACAGGCGUGGGCGAGCGCGGAAGAGUGGCCAUCCCCGCCGUGAGCCCGGCCAUCGGGGCACACGGGGCGCGCCCGCCGGGCAUGGCGUCCCUGCUGGCGCGCGCUCUCGGCGCCCGCGGCGCGGCCUCGCAGGGCAGCGCUGGCGCCUUUGGCUCGCCACAGACGCUGCCAGCCUUCGGGAUCGACACCGAGGAUGCGAGGUUCUGGCAGACGCCUGGCGCGCCGACGCACACUUGCCAUGCAGGGGACGGCGGGAUCAGCAAGGGCUUGCUCCUGGCUGGGAACCCAGAGGUCGUGCACCGCUGUAGCAGCAAGGGAGUCCCCGAUCCAGGCGCCAUGAGCAAGAGGGCGGAGGCCCUGAAGAGGGCGGAGAUGCUGGCCCGCUUCGACCACAGCUACGGCAGUCGCAGGCGAUGAGCAUCUGCAGCGCUUCUGGUUCUGCUGGACACGCGGAGAUUCUGAUUUUCGUAAUGCUUAUUUUGUUGCAUUGUUCCUAGGGUUCUGCCUGCACGCGCCCACCACUCCAGUUCGAGGGUGUCCAGUUUUGUUUUAGCAAACGGCGCCAUGCUGUCGAUAUCCACAGGACUUGCGCAGUCUUGUGAGCACCAUGGCAUGGCAACCUCAAAAGCAAGGCCAUGCGAUCUGUUCUCGCUGUAUAUCUAUAUCCCUCGUUCUCUCUCUCUUGCUCUCUGUCGGCCUCCAUCUGGACGGGCUGCGUGGAGCGCAGCCAUGUGCCGCAAUAUUGCUGCCGCUCUCUUUCAAGAGCGAAGGUUUAAUAUGCUGGUAUGUUGCUCGCACAUCGCUAGGGCAAGAUUGCGUCUGGCAGCGAGCAGCACCGGUUCCAUUUUGAAAGUAAGCAGCUCGCACACAUGGAUGGCGGAGGCAGUCUCAGUUCCUCGAGUGUUCAUGCAGGACUUGUGCUUCCACUGUACUUGCACCACGCGUGCCUCCACCGUCCACAGCUGCAGAGUUUUACAUGCCAGGGUGCUUUGGGUAGAGCGUGGAGCUUCUUGGAUGCGCGACGCUGGUUCUGUAUAUGGUUUGAGUGUUUCAAUGCUGCCUGGCAGGGUGGUUUGGCCAGAUCUAGCAAUCUGCGCUGGCCAAUGGGAGGGG